UGCGUGAUCUUCUUCUAUAUAUGAGUGUCUUUAUCUCCACAAGUGGCUUUUAGAGAAGCCCCUCUUUUGAGUUUGGGUGUUGAUUUUUAGGGCUUCCAUUACUAAUGGCUGAUUCGUCUUCUGCGUCUUACAUUCACAUGGUGCAGCACAUGAUAGAGAAAUGUUUGAUCUUCCACAUGAGCAAAGAGGAGUGUGUGGAAGCUCUCUCUAAGCAUGCAAAUAUCACUCCUGUCAUCACCUCUACUGUUUGGAAGGAGCUGGAGAAAGAGAACAAGGAAUUCUUCAAGGCGUAUGAGGAGAGGCAAAGCAAACAAGAGCAAAUGUCGGAGGAAGAGACAAACCAGAUGAUCCAGAAGAUAAUCUCGGAUUCAUCUAAAGAAUCCGACGACUGAUCGUGAUGUUCGUCAGAUCUUAAGAACCUUAUAUAUAUGAAUAUCAUGAAAACGAUUUCUCCCUGACGCAUGCAUGUUUAUAAAUGUAUAUCAUUUUUCUUCUAUA